AUGAAAACGCAAAUACAUGCCGUGAGGCUGCUCGCGCUCAGUCUCGGCAGCGCCAUCGGCGCCCACGCUGCUGCGGUACCCGAGACCAUCUUCUCGCCCGACACCUUUGGCACCCGCGGCGCCGUCGCCAGCGAGGCCAGCGAAUGUAGCGCUAUUGGCCGCGAAAUUAUCGUCGCCGGUGGCAAUGCUGUGGACGCCAUUGUCGGCACCACAUUUUGCGUCGGCGUCGUGGGCAUGUACCAUUCUGGCAUUGGAGGCGGCGGCUUUGCGCUGGUGCGUGAUGCAGAGGGCCGCUACGAGGCGGUGGAUUUCCGCGAGACGGCGCCGGCGGCCGCGUACGAGGACAUGUAUGGCCAUGACGAGCAGGCGAGCAUCGCAGGUGGCCUCGCGGUGGCCGUGCCGGGUGAGGUCCGGGGCCUCGAGUAUAUCCACAAGAAAUAUGGUGUUCUCAAAUGGCGAGAUAUUAUGCAGGGCGCCAUUCGCGUAGCGCGGGAUGGCUUCAGAGUCUCGGAAGAUAUGGUUGUCAAGAUGAAUGCGACGAUCAAAGAUGGCAAAACAUAUCUGCUUGACGACCCCAUCCUUGCUGCCGAAUUUGCUCCUAAGGGAGAGCUUUUGCAAAAGGGACAGGUCAUGACCCGCAAGAAUCUUGCCAAAACCCUCGAGAGAAUCGCCAACGAAGGCUCUGAUGCCUUUUACCGCGGCGAGAUUGCCGAAAACCUCGUCCGCUUCGUGCAGUCCCGCAAGGGCAUCCUCACCCUCGCCGACCUCGAAAACUACGCCGUCGCCCCCCGUACGGUCCACAACAUCAGCUACCGCGGCCUCGAUGUUUACGGCAUGUCCUCGCCCACCAGCGGCUCCGUCGCCCUGCAGAUGCUCCGCGUACUCGAGGACUUCCCCGCGUCCGGCUGGCACGACGACCGCAACCUCACCGUGCACCGACUCGCCGAGACGCAGCGCUUCGCCUUUGCGUACCGCGCCAGCCUCGGGGAUCCGGCGUUUGUCAAGCGCGACAUGCUCGCGUACGAGCGGGCUCUUCUCUCUGACAAGACGGUGGAGCGUAUUCACAAUGAGAUGAGCGAUACGAGAACAAAGGAGCCAAAAGAGUACUUUCCGAGCGAGGGCGACGUGACAGCCAUGCCGGAGAGCCAUGGCACCUCGCACAUUUCGACGGCGGAUAAGUCGGGCAUGGCCGUGUCGCUAACGACGACCCUCAACCUGAACUUUGGCGCGCAAAUCAUGGAGCCGCACUCUGGUAUCAUCCUCAAUGACGAGAUGAAUGACUUUUCUAUCCCCGGCAUCGACAACGAGUUCGGCUUCCCACCCGCGCCCGCCAACUUUAUCCGUCCGGGCAAGCGCCCGCUGUCGUCCAUCACGCCCUUCAUCGCCACCUUUCCCAACGGCACGCUCUACGCCGUCAUCGGCGCCGCCGGCGGCUCGCGAAUCAGCACCGCUACCGCCCAGUGCCUUUGGCACGCCGUCGAGCACGGCAUGACCAUGCGCGAGGCUCUCGGCGUCGGCCGCCUGCACGACCAGCUCCUGCCCAACCGGCUUACGCUCGAAAAUCUCUUCCCCGACUUGAAUGCCACGGUGGCGGCUAUGCAGGCCAGGGGACAUAAAGUGGAAGUCGUGAAGCCGGGGCUGAGCUCGGUGCAGGCAAUCAAAAGAUUGGAGGACGGGUCGUUUGAGGCGGUGGGCGAGCCCCGACAGGCGAAUAGUGCAGGAUAUAGCGUCUAA